AUGUCCGGACUGGAUGCGGGCGAUAUUGCGGCUGCGUACGACGCCGUGCGCAGCGACAAGGAGGCGACCAACUGGCUACUCAUCUCGUACGCGGGCGCGACGGGGAGCCGGCUGGCGCUGACGGGCACAGGCACGGGCGGCCUGUCGGAGAUGGCGGCGUCGCUGGACGCGGGCGAGGUGCAGUACGGGUACGUGCGGGUCGAGUACGCCAACGACGCCGAGAGCACGCGCGUCAAGUUUGUGCUGGUGAUUUGGAUCGGCGAGGGCACGCGGGUGAUGCGCAAGGCGCGCGUCAGCGUCGAGAGCGGCGACGUGAAGCGCGUGCUGGCGCACCACAGCAUCGCCGUGACGGCGAGCGAUGCGUCGGAGCUCGAGGAGGGCGAUAUCGUGGCGAGGCUGCGCAAGGCGGGCGGUGCCGACUACAAUGGCGGACGGGGAUAG